GAGCUGGACAAGAAUGAAUUCCAGAAUGUUUCGCUGCUGCUGAAAUGUAUUCAGCUCUACUUAAAAAGUGAUCUUCAAGAAGGGACGAGCCUGUUUAUUGAGCAAGGACUGGUAGAAAAGAUGAGUAUAAUCCUCUUAUCUUGGUUUGAAAGAGCAAGAGGGUUCGUGAACCUCAUCGACCCAAAUCAGAAUAAAUUUUUGAUGUUACUUCUUGAAGACUUCUUUGACUCUGCAUUGGUGAAACUGAAGGUAGCUGAUGAAUAUGCCUGUACAGCAUAUUUGUGCAAGAGCAGCAAUGCUAUAACCCUCUGUUAUGCUGGGGGGGAUUAUUUACCCUGUGCUUAUGUUUACCGUGUAGAUUAUGACCUUCAGGUUGCCCUUUCAGAAGCACUUUGUAGGUUAAUGACAAAAAAAUGGAGGGAAGACCUUGUUCACCACUGGUUUGAAGAUAACUAUCUUGCUGAAGCUUUCAAAGAGAUCAAGGAUAGAGAAUUUGAGACGGACUGCAGAAAAUUUCUUAACCAGCUAAAUGAAAGGCUUGGGGGUGAAAGAAGAAAACUGAGAAUUAUACAGCAGUUGUGGGUUUUUUCUGGGAACGGCAGUGCCACCAUUGUGCUUCCCCAGGUGAAGAAGCCGUCGGAUGAGAAGCUGGAGGAAUUCUGGAUUGAUUUCAAUGCUGGCAGCCAGAGUGUGACUUUCUACGUGGACAGUACUGAGGGUGCUCUUUGGGAUUCUGUGAGACUGUUGAAAGAGGCGGUCAGCAGUUACAGCGUGAAGGAGGAUGAUGGACAAAAGAUUGUUAAAAUUUAUAUGAAGAUUCCUGCUACUCUUAACAAAACAGAAGUAACAAAAAUCAAAAUGUUGUUCAGUGCUGAGUUUGAGAUCUUAAGUGUACUUAGAAAAGUCCUGGGAGAUGAAAAAAUGAUGGUAAAAGCUGUUAAAAUAAAUGAGGCUGAAGAGGAGUCUGUCCAUGCUGGGAAGCAAGUCAGAGAGAAUGAAGCAGCGAUACCUGAGUCUGCUAAUCCACAGGGCAGGAGAGAUCCUUCAAACUCUGAAAACACAGAGACUCUAUCAGGCAACUUAGCCUCUCCGCACAGACAAGAAUUAACAGGCGCUGUAACAAAAAUGGUUAAUGGUGUCACCAUGAUUACAGUGAGCCAGCAGACUGAUGUGGAAGAUGGUAACCAAGGCUCAGGAAGCAAAUCUAUGACUUUGAAAACUCAGACUCUGCAAGUCAUGAAAAGGUCGCUGAAGCCAAAGGAAAGAUUCUUGGCCAGAAAUUUUCUUCACAAAAUCAGAGACGAAAUCCUCUCAGAGGAGCUCGAAGGGGGUCUGCUGUCAGUUGAUGAAUCUGCCAAGAGCCAUUCCAGUGAUGAGGAGAAGGCCACGCAGAAGUUUAAUGAUGCAUCUGACAAAGCGUCAAGAGAAGAAGGAAGUUUAAAGCGGAAAGACUCAGGUGUAUUAAGUGGCACUGUCACAAAAAAGCCUAAACUUUCCAGUCAGGAAACAAGUAAUUUGGCCUCUGACGUUUCCUAUAAACCAAGGAAACUUUUUGAUUCAGUAGAGAAGAAAGAGGAGAUCCAAACAGGUCAGGAGAUGGAUGGUGGUGUGGGUGAUGCAUUUUUUUCCAAGAUACUGCGUGAAGAUGACGUUGAUUCGGGGGUGAUUACUGCAUUUGAAAGCUUUACUGGCCAACUAAAGAAAUUGUUCUCGUCCCGGUACAAAAGGAUGGAGACCAGUGCACAGAACGCCCUGAGGACUUCGGAGAAGAAUAUGUCUGGCCUGCCGAACCAGAUACACGAGUGCAGGCUGAGUAAGCUGGAGACCUUCAAGAAGAUUAUUGUUGAAGAGCUUGCCAGUCUUGAGAAGGAAACUCAAGUCCUGGCAAACAUGGAGAAGGACGCAAUGUAUGAACUCCCAAUGGAGAAGGCAGUAGAAAACAGCGUGUUCGUUGUUCCUUCUGACUAG